ACCACGCUAUUUCGAAGAUUGACAUGGGAGGGAACUGUUCCUCUCGAAAUUCGCGUCGAUUCCAAGGAGCUUCCUGCCAAUAGCAACCGCGGCUUAGAAUGUUACUUUAUCCAGGCGCCUCGCGUCUCAUAUCUUCCUCUCCUUGUGCCCGAGAUCAAGAGAUUUUUGAUGGAUAUCGUGUUCGACGAGGAGGCGGCUAAGUUACUGAAGGAGGAGGAUUGGUGGUUUGAGAGUGAAGGCGGAGGUUUGCUGAAAUGGCACUGGUCGAUUGGCCUCAUCUACGACAAUCAUAUCAUUCUCUCUUCUAUCCGUCCCACAGCGUCCACAUCCGCCCAUGUGCAGUCCGUACCCCUCCGUCUCAUCCUUCACCUCGCCUCACCUCCCACCGACAAGCUCCUGCUGGCGCCCAGCCCCGAGGCAUGCAAACAGGCGUUCAUGGGUCAGCUUAAGGAGGCCGACUUCCUGAGAUGGGGUAGCACCAAACGUAUGACUGGCCUGCGCAAGGCGGAACAAGACGGCAUCUGGGAGGGCAUCAAAGAUCAUAAUUUCGAUGAUUAUUGGCGCGUAGCAUCCAAAGUCACACCCACAACCGCGCCUGCCCGUCCACACUCCCCUCCUACAGCCCCUUCUUCUGCAUCCAUGCAUACUCGCCCACCAUCAGCUGACCCUCAAGGAACCCCCGACCGCGACGGGGCAUAUAGCGUUCGCAGCGUGCCAGUCAGGGUCUAUUUGCCCGAUGGACCCGUCAUGCAGGACAUCGUUCCUCCUUUACUCGAAGAUGGUUCCCCAAACACUCUCGCUGAAUUCCUCUCCCAGCGCCUGCCUCUCCUUUUCCCCAUUCCAUCGCCAUCGGCGCCCGUGCCCCGGAACCUUGCGUACACGCUCAUCCAAGGCGUCCUCGCGCCCCCAGAAGCAGAGAUGGCGUGGCUUGGCGCCUGUAUGGCGGGCGCGGACGGCUGGGUCAACGUGUGCGUGGGCCUGCUU